GGGAAGGGUUCAGGGUUCAACCUGGAGUCAAUUUCUACAAUCGUGAGUUUAAAGACAAAGCUGACAGUUAGCGCACCGGAGUUGCUCAAUUCAACCCAAACGUUUCGAUCGAAGAUUUCAAUUCUCCCAGAAUCAAAACCCUAGGCAUUUUCGCCGGUGAUAUUCCGGUUCGCUCAUUGUUCGAAUUUCGCUUUUAGUGUUGAAUUCCGGAGAUGGAAUCAUCAGACGACGAGGCCGAGGCGGUGCCGGUCUCGGUUUCGAAUUACCACUUCCUAGACGGGGAGGAUGAGCCGAUUUCCUUCCACGUGUUGCCAAUUCAAUGGAGCGAUGGCGGUGAGAGGCAGGAAGAGAAGAAGAAAGCAGCAGUGUUGUUUCUGAAGGGCAGUGCUGACCUUGAGAAGAUUUACAAGCCUGUGGUUGCUUGGAGGUUUGAUCUCUCGAAUGUGAAGCCCGAGAUUGCGGUGCUUUCCAAGGAGGGGGAUUGGAUUGUGCUGCAGAAGCCGAGGAAGAGCUACGAGGGGAUUAUCAGGACUGUUUUGAUCACUGUGCAGUGUCUUAGUUAUGCGAAACGCAAUCCCGAGGCGUCCGGGAAAGCUGUGUGGGAUUACUUGUGUAAGGCUUUUAGCUAUGAGGAUAGGCCUUCAAAGAGUGAUUUGGUGGAUCAGAGGAGUCUGAUUAGUGAAGCUCUUAAACGGGAUGAUGCGUUGGCGAAGUCCAAGUUUAUGGUCGACUUUCUUAAAGAGAAGCCCACACUAUCCGAUGAGGAUAUUCAAGCUACGACAAAGCCAGGAUUUAUAGUUGAUGAUGCAGAAGAUUAUAUGAUUGAUGUUGAAGAUGAGUCAAAUGAUGAUGAUGAUGAUAACCUGUUUGAUUCUGUUUGUGCCUUUUGUGAUAACGGGGGACAGCUUUUGUGUUGUGAAGGGAGAUGCCUAAGGUCCUUCCAUCCCACUGUAGAGGAUGGCGAGGAUUCAAUUUGUGAAUCUCUUGGAUUCACUCGGGAGGAAGUAAAUGCAAUGCCAAGUUUCUUCUGCAAGAACUGUCAAUAUAAGCAGCAUCAGUGCUUUGCUUGUGGGAAGUUAGGCUCCUCAGAUAAGUCUUUGGGCGCGGAGGUAUUUCCAUGUGUUUCUGCAACUUGUGGUCAAUUUUACCAUCCUCGGUGUGUUGCAAAACUAAUCUAUCAAGACAAUGGAGUUUCUGCUGAAGAACUUGAGAAAAAGAUCUCUCAGGGAGAAUCUUUUACGUGUCCGAUUCAUAAGUGCUUUCUUUGUAAGCAAGGGGAGAAUAAGAAGGAUUCCGAAAUGCGGUUUGCUGUGUGCAGGCGUUGUCCUAAAUCUUAUCACAGAAAAUGCUUGCCGAGUAAUAUCCGUUUUGAGAAAACAGAGGAAGAUAAGGAGGAAGAGAUAGAAGAUGAAGAAGAAACAGAAACAAGAGCUUGGGAAGGUCUAUUGCCUAAUCGCAUACUAAUAUAUUGCACAGAACAUGAAAUAGAUGAAGAAAUUGGAACUCCAAUAAGGAACCAUGUUAAAUUCCCUGAUGAUGAUGGAAAGAAGAAUACUAUUGUGAAAAAGAAGGCUACUUUCGAAGUUAAAAAGAGGAGACUGACAUCAGAGUCUCAUGUGGUCAGUGACAGCUCUCUUUUGAAGAAGAGAAAGCUUUCGUCAGAGGGAUUGCAUAGAGAAAGAACUGCUCCUACACUAUCUAAGCAGAAAACGAAUUCGGGUGAAAAACUUGGGGGUAACAGAUUUACUGAAAAAGUACCUUCUGGGUUAAAUGUAUCAAGAAAGGUGAUGGUAAAUAGGACACUGAAAAAGGAAGUCCCGACCAGCGUGGAAAAGAACAACUCAUUGGGUAAUAGGCUGUUUAAAUAUGUUAAGGAACAUGGGUCAGUAAAGUUUGGGAAGAAGGAUGAGCCUGAUGAUGCUGAACUAAAUUCUGAAAAGAUAGCAUAUUUCGAUCCUACAACAAAAACAUUGAGUGCAGCAGCUUCCUUAGAUCCUGCUAGAGAAAGGAGAUUAUAUGCUUUAAUGAAAGAUGCUGCCUCGUCAAUAACAUUGGAAGAGGUUAUAGAAAAGCACAAAGUUCCAUCCACUCAUAAGUCCUCAAACAGAUAUGCUGUAGAAAGGAACAUUACACAGGGAAAGGUGGAAGGCUCAGUUGAGGCUAUUCGAACUGCGUUAAAGAAACUACAGGAAGGUUGCAGUAUUGAAGAUGCAGAGGCUGUUUGUGCUCCGGAGAUUCUUUCCCAGAUUUAUAAGUGGAAGAACAAGCUUAAAGUAUAUCUUGCACCUUUCUUGCAUGGGAUGCGGUAUACGUCCUUUGGUCGCCAUUUCACGAAGGUGGAAAAACUGGAACAGAUUGCUGAUAUGCUCCAUUGGUACGUACAGAGUGGAGACACGAUAGUGGACUUCUGUUGUGGCUCUAAUGAUUUCAGCAUCGCAAUGAAGAAAAAGCUUGAGGAGAUGGGGAAGAAGUGCUAUUUUAAAAAUUAUGACAUCAUUCAUCCCAAGAAUGAUUUUUGCUUUGAGAAGAGAGAUUGGAUGACUGUUCAAAAACAUGAAUUACCCGAUCGUAAUAAAUUGAUUAUGGGGUUGAACCCUCCUUUUGGAGUUAAAGCAGCUUUGGCAAACCAGUUUAUUUCUAAGGCUCUGGAAUUCAAUCCGAAGCUCCUUAUUCUUAUUGUUCCACCAGAAACAAAAAGGUUACCAUAUGAUCUGAUAUGGGAGGAUGAACGGUUUUUGUCAGGAAAGUCCUUUUAUCUCCCUGGAUCUGUUGAUGAGAAUGACAAGCAAAUGGAUCAGUGGAAUGUGACAGCACCUCCACUCUAUCUUUGGAGUCAUCCUGAUUGGUCUGAGGCACACAGGGCUAUUGCUCGAAAGGCUAGUCACGGUCCUAUGUUACUAGGGCCAGGGAAAGAUGUUCAUUCAGUUGAGAAUAAGGAUGAAAAUUCAGUUGAGAAUAAGGAUGAAAAUCUGAUGGUGGAAAAUGCUUAUUUGACACCAACUGGUAAUUCCAGUGAUUUUGUUGGAGUUGCAGGCGAGGGACAUGAAGAGAGAUCCUCCAAGAGAAAUGGUGACAGAGGUUUCCGUGCAAGUUCUGGUAACCAUAAGAACCAGGUUAAUGAGAUUUCUGAGAGGCGGCAGUGCGGUGGCAGAAAAAAGAAUGGGAGACGGCAGUGUGGUGGCAGAAAAAAGAAUGGGAGUGGAGUGGUUGAGUUGUCGCCAGACAAAAAACGUGAUGGCGACAAUUUUUCUAGUGAGAUUCAGAAGGAAAGUUCUCCAUCUAAUGAGCAAAAGCGAAAACCGAAUCAGCAUCCCAGCAAUUCUAGUUCAAGUGUGCAUUUUGAAACAGCUUAUGACAGGACCAUAGCCAGAAUCCCUGAUGACACUGGUAGAAAUGUCAUGAGCAGUGAGGAGAUUUAUCCAAUUUUCACGCAUAGAUGUCCCAGUGGUGCCAGUCCUAGCUCUAAUUAUAUGGAUGCGGACUUGGAGGAACCUGAAAUUAGAUGCAGGAGAGAGAGGUUAGAUUCCAUUGAGCAUAGAUAUUCCCGGGGGAUGGAUGAAAUACAUGCACGGUUUUAUGGGCAUCAAGAUUCUGAUUUGCACAGAAGUAAUUAUAUAGCGGGUCCACGUCAAGUUGCAUUUCCGUCCACGUAUGGGCAUGCUGAGCAUGGUUCAGCCGUUUACCCAUCUCACAGAAUGAACACGUCAAUCAUGGAGAGGUAUUUACAUCCGUUGGAUGGGACGAGUGCCUUAGGAACCCAACCAGCGCUUGGGUAUGUGUUCAAUAGCAACCCGUACAACGAUCUCAGGGCACCCCAACAUGCUGAUCAACGGCCCCCCUAUGGUUUUGCUCCUGGUCCAAAUCCUUACUUCUCAAACCGGCAUUCAGCAGGUUUUCUGCCUGAGUAAGCCCGUGGAGGAGCAUCUGUUUAGGAAAAGUAUUUAGGUCUUUUGCAAUGUGCACCCCAGCGUUUUUCAUUUUUGUAAGAAAAGGUUGUAGGUGAUUGAUCUUUUGCUGCUGUGUGGUUAGCUUUUCUGUGUCAUUUGUCGUUUGUAGCCUACAAUUAACUAGGAGGGUAAGGUAUGAAUUUCUGGUGCAAGUUGUGGGUAGUAAUGUAUAAUCUGUAAUUGUAUAAUCUCAAGACGCACCCCUCAAUUUCCUGUUAACUUUCCGUUGUGGGUAGAUGUACACGAA